AUGGCGUCCGGCGAGGCGGCGACGGCGGCGGCGGGCGAACCGGUAGUUCGCGGGUCGGCCGCGCGAGCGCGCUGCGAGCGCGCGCCGAGGGCGCCAGCGGGCCGCGCGCGGCACGGUGCUUCAGUUGUUUUGAUCCGCGGGCAGGCGCGGGGCGAGCCGUGCAUUCCUCGCCGCAAUAGCUCGCGCCGGAAGUGUUUGUCCGGUGGUGCGUGUUGUUUCGUGUUGUGUCGGUGUUCUGAAGCGUCUCGUCGAGUGAAAUCUGUGUGGUGCAGCCAGGUUUUGAUCUUUGGAGUGUCGUUUCGCCUGAGCCUGCGCCCCCGGCAGCCGCAUCUUUCUGCCGCCGCAUCUGCUCCGCCGCAGCAUCCGCCGCCUGCUCCUCCUCCUUCGCAGCUGCAGCGGCGUCGCGGCGCGCAUGAGCGUGUCGACGUCGUGUAUGCGACUCGCCGUCGCCGCCGUCCAUCAUGCGACUCGCCGCUGCCGCCAGCUGACGCCGCCGCCGACGCUUCUCCAACGCUCGCGUUCGACUGCCCGCUGCAUCGACCCGCGCUCUCCCGCGACUUCGACCCGAUCCUGAGAUCCAACCGAGUGGCGGUGAAUCAAAGUGCGGGGAGCGUCGAGGUGCGUGGUGGUCGCGCAAAGCGCGCGCGCGCAGCCAUUCCGUCGCUGGAGAGGCAGGCGGGCGCGGAGCCCGCGCGGGGGCCCAGGCGCAGGCGGUUUUCGUGGGCGAAGGCGGCGGCGUGCGCGACGCCCAUGCGGCCGUGCGCCGAGCCCCCGCCGCCGCAGCCGGCGGCGGCCGCGCCGGCCGUGGCGGCGUCGGCGCCGACGUCGUCCGGCGUUGACCCCGAGCAGCUGCGCGCCGUCUUCCAGCUGUGCGACCCGCACGGCACGGGCUUCGUGUCGCUGCACACGCUGCUGCAGCUGGGCCGCGAGUACUGCAGCGACCACAACGCGCAGGAGGAGUAUAAAGAAGAGGAGGAGGCUCUGCAAGAAAAGUUUGAAGCUGAUAGUAUUGACGAUGAAGAGGAGGAGGACGAGGGGGUAUCUUGCUUGAAUGUAGACACUGCUGGGCCUUGCACUUACGAAGAUUUCAGCUCUAAACGAGGAACUGAAGAGUCAAAAGGAGAUGGACUUGACAAGAUAAUUUAUGUCAUAUAUAAAUUAAUUUACUUUAUAAUUAAAAACUAUUAA